AUGUGGCAUAGAUCAGCGUCUUUCAUCCUCGAUAAACAUCACCUCCAACAAAGCGACACCGUAUCAGCCUCCGACAGCCGCCCCCUCUCCCCCGCCUCUACCGCCAUGGCAGCUGAAAACCCCAACCCUAAGAUCUCCCUCUACUAUCAGACCCGCGCCGCGCACCACGGCGUCGUCACGAGCGACUGGCUGGAGCAGGCGCAGGCCGCCGCGGAAGGCCAAAGGCCCGAAGACGCCGUCUCCGGGAAUUAUUUAUCUGGAAGUGAGGAGGAGAGUGGGGGAUUUAACGUGGUGGAUGAAUUUAAUAAUUGGAGGAAGCAGCCGGAUUUGGCGGAGGCUGUGGCGGCGAUAAGGUCUCUGGCCUCCGUUAUUCGAUCGAGUCAAGCUACGACGAUGAUGGAGCUCGAGAUUGAGCUCAAGAAAGCCGCUGAUUUACUCAAAUCAUGGGACAGUACCUCUAUCUCUUUAACAGCUGGAUGUGAUCUGUUCAUGCGCUAUGUGACAAGAACAUCGGCUUUGGAAUAUGAAGAUUUCAAUUCAGCUAAGUCUCGCCUUAUUGAACGUGCUGAGAAGUUCGGUGAGAUAUCAUAUAAGGCUCGGAAAAUAAUUGCAAUGCUAGGCCAAGACUUUAUUUUGGAUGGUUGUACUAUUUUAGUUCAUGGCUUCUCUCGAGUUGUUUUAGAAAUAUUGAGAACUGCUGCACACAAUAAAAAGAAUUUUCGAGUUUUCUGCACAGAGGGGAGGCCGGACAGGACGGGACUUAGGUUAUCCAAUGAGCUUGCUAAGCUUGAUGUUCCUGUUAAGCUGUUGAUAGACUCUGCUGUGGCUUAUAGCAUGGAUGAAGUUGAUAUGGUGUUCGUAGGAGCAGAUGGAGUGCUUGAAAGUGGUGGUAUUAUAAAUAUGAUGGGCACCUACCAAAUUGCUUUGGUUGCUAAAAGCAUGAACAAACCAGUUUAUGUCGCUGCCGAGAGCUACAAGUUUGCUCGUCUGUAUCCAUUGGAUCAAAAAGACAUGGUUCCUGCCUUGCGCCCGAUCGAUUUCGGGGUACCUAUCCCAUCAAAGGUUGAGGUUGAGACAUCAGCUCGGGAUUAUACUCCGCCACAGUACCUCACCUUGCUUUUUACAGAUUUAGGUGUCCUAACACCGUCAGUAGUAAGUGACGAGCUCAUCCAACUAUACUUAUAA